CAUCACGUGCUAGGGGUGGGUUGUGCGCAUGCGCCGAAAGCAACAGAGACUUUAUAAGGGGGUGAAUUGUCACGCUGAGUUCAGUCUACCCGCAAGUGACCGAGAGUGUUGUUUGUACCACGUUGUCAACUGAAUUUCACGAGAGUAGUUGAGUUUUACACUACGUUGUCCGAGAUUCGAAAAACUAAUAUUUCACUAAAGUUGAGAAGUGGUUGAGUUUUACACUACGUUUUCCGAGAUUCGCAAACCAGUAUUUCAUUCACCAAAGCAGUAGUUCAGUUUUACGUUCUACACUACCUAAUUUCCACAAGAGUUGAGAACUAUAGUGGUGUUUCACAUCGAGUUAUCUGAGCUUCAAAAAAGUUGAGAUCAAGUUGUUGUGGUUCACACUAAACGCUGCCAGUUUUGAGGAACUUUGAGAAGGAUUUGUUGUGUGUGCACUACUUCUAAAUUUUAGACCUGUAAUAUUUUUUUUAAUUUCUGCAAGGAAACAACUACACAUCAUCUGUGUUUCACAAGAGUUUGGGACGAGAAUAGAAGUUAAUAAUUCUGAGUGUGGCUUCAAAAUCUGAGACCCAAAGAUGAACAACAACAUCAACAACAGCAGCUACUCCCCACCCAUGCUGCUAGUCUCUGUGACGUCACCAAGUCGAGGAUCCUCUCCGACCCGAGGAGAUCUCCGUGGCAUCCAUCUGUUCCGCGCCAUCUCGAGGAAGAUCUCGCGAGGCCACCGCUCCCGUCACUGCGACAACCACUCGGCCUACGAGAGCUACUCGUCCACCGACUCGGAGCAUUCUUCCGGAUCUGAGACGUCCGGAUCCGGAUCGGGACACAACAGUCCGGACAGCAUGCGGUCCGAGUCGUCAGCGUCUGCGAUCCGGAGAGUGUUCCAGUCGUUGAGCAUCGGAAACGCCAACGAACGCCGGAACAGCGACGGAAACUGUCAUAAGAAAUCGUCCUCUAAUUCUACGCCGAAGCGGAUACUUAGGCAACCGGUGACUUAUGAUUAUAAGAGGGGUAUCUCCGGGCUACCUACCAUCAGAGUGCCCAGGAAUAGCAACUGUUGUACGCAUCUUUCACCUGCACGUUAAGAAUACCAAUAAGAAACUGAUCUGAACUGUGUGAUGAAUAUAGUUAAAACUAAAGUGAUAUCGAGAUAAUUUGAGCUGUACUAUGAUUGACAGUCAAAACUUCAAUGUGAACUGAAUAAUUUGCGAGAAUGUGAACACUGUGUGAUGAAUAGCUGAAACUAGAGUAAUAUUGAGAGAAUUUGAACUGUAUAAUGAAUAAUCGAAACUUGUAUGUACCGUACUCCAAUCGAACGAUCUGAAUAAAAGACAAUCUGCUCAUCAAAAACUGUGUCAACUUGGUCCCACAUCGGAAGAAAUUUACAUUCUACAAACGAAAAUUGUGAUGAACGUCUCAAAUUGGAGGAACUUGGUUGAUGGAAAUGUUAUACAGACUUUCAAUAUCAUGAUCAAGGAAUUUACGUAUUUAAAAUGUGUACCGAAGAAAUGUGAAAAGUUUAGUUCAAUUUCAUUACUCGCCAAAUUUACUGAGUUAUACAAUAAGAAUAUUGAACAGAUAGGAGCUAUUUAACAGGGACUAUCAUAACCUCCUUAAAGCUUUUUGGCAUGAAUGUAAUUCAGGUAAAAACAUGAUGAUAUAUGAUAUAGUAUUAUAAUAUUUUGACUCUUCAAUCUCACUAACCAAACACAUAGAGAUCAUACUGUAGUAUACUAUCAGUCAUAAUAUAGUUCUAUUGAGAUAGUAGGAAAUUUAGAGCAUGGAAGCUUUCAAUACUCCUAGUAACUUCUCGUGAGCCUAGAGUUUUUCUAAACUAUUCUCAAAAUUUUAAAUAAUAUUGAAUUUUAUUCAGCUCAUAAAAAACUUACUACAAAACAUAAAUAAAUUAACUGACAUAGAUUCAAUUACAUUCAUAUAUAUUGUAGAAAGAUAUUAGAAAAUAUAGUUUGUAUAUAAUUAUAAAAAAUGACUUGAAUUGAAUAGAUUCUUAUAUAAAUCUUAAUUAAAUUAAUUAAGGGAUAGCCGCAAUGAUUCACGAGUAGCCUAUAAAUUCUAUAAUUGGAAAGAUUAUAAGAUUCUGUAAUCUUAUUAGAGAAGCAUUAAUAUAUCUUGCUUGAUUUCCAUUGCCUUAUAGCUGUAGUUCUAUUAAAAUUCGACUCUUCCUAAUGAAUAAUUUGAUGUAAAUAGUGGGAACUAUUCAAAUAAAUAUUUUUCCCAAAUUCGUUAAUCAUAAUAUUACAGUUUGUCAAUUCAUCAAUUCUACAAUUUCCAGUAUUCAUAAAUCUGUGAUUUCAUUAACAAUUAUGACUUGACAAGAUACUCGUUGAACUAGAGUGCAUAAUUUAAAUUUUUCUCCAUAACUAGUUUGAGGGAAAAUAAUAUUUAUUUGAUCACAUAACUGGAAAAUCAUUGAUUUAUAAUAAAUAUGAUAGAUCCAAUUAGACUUCAAACUCUUCUAUUUAAAGGAUAUUUAACCGAUGUAUUUAAUCAGAUAAUUAGGAAAAGGUUGAUUAAUCAUUUUUGAUUUGUGACUUGAUUGAAUUUCUUGUGGUAGGAAAAGCCCAGUAAAAGGGGAGGAAAGUAAUAUUCUAAAUUAGUAAUAUAGAAUUCAAAAAUACCAAGGUGCCUCAAUAGUUAUGUAAUUUACUGUAUGACUAAUAAUCAAUAGCUAAUUGUAGUUUGUAAGAGUUGACUGUUUACUAAAUUAGAUAUCAAGUAUGGCUGUAUAUAUGAACUUAAUUACUUAAUUUUGAUACAAUUUAUAACGCCAAAACAUAUAACUUAAUAUAUAUGCUCGUACAUAGCUUACUCUGAUACUGUAUUAGUUAUGUACAAAAUAUUGUGAAAUAUAGAGACUGUAGGUGUUCAAUUUGUAGAAACAUGUUAUGUAUAGUUUACAAUCAAUUUCAUUCAUAGAGUUUUUAUAUGAAUUGUUAUUUGAUUAUAUUUUAAAAACUCACGAGAAUAAAUUAAUAAUAUUGUUUGUGAAA